AGCAUGAGGGCCUCCCAAGCGCUCCUGCUGUGCUCUUCCUUGGCAGUGCUGUUCCGGCCCGGCUCCUGCCAGCCCUACCUCCGCCUCAGGCCCUCCCCGAGCGACAAUCUGCCCAUCAAGGACAUCAUCGAGCACCCGGACCCGGAGUAUGACCCCAAGGAGCAGGACCUGGACGACCGGACGUUGCGGAAGAAGCUGGGGAGCAACUUCGACCCCUCUUUUAUGUCGGUGGGCGCCCCGGCCCAGGCAAACCUCUCCAGCCCCGACCCCCUGUACAGGGUCAAGGCGCAGGGACCCUUGCCCAACGAGCUGAAGAAGCUGGAGCUGGGAGAGACACCUUACGGGGCGAGGCUCAAGAUGGGAAAGAAGGCGCGGAGGAAGUUCCUGCAGUGGCUGUGGGCCUACACCUACUGCCCGGUGCUAUACACCUGGAAGGACCUGGGUGUCCGGUUCUGGCCCCGUUACAUCAAGGAAGGGAACUGUUUCUCGGAGAAGUCGUGCUCCUUCCCCGAGGGCAUGUACUGCAAGCCGGUCAAGUCGGUCACCAAGACCUUCUUGAGAUGGUAUUGCCAAGGGUGGUCAAGGCAAAAGUAUUGCACCUGGAUUCCCGUGCAGUACCCUGUAAUUUCAGAAUGCAAAUGUUCCUGUUAG